AUGGACCUCGAGUUCCUCAAAUAUUUGAUCCUUCAACUGCUUCUAUUAUUGGGAUCUUUCCUAUAUCUAUACCGGCAGACUUUCACCUUGGAGUACGAGCAGUGGAGCCAGGAAGAAGUAUUCGAUUACACCGAGAAGAAGGGGUUGGCCAUGAAUGGUCUUGACUUUAAACGAAAUAUUCGUUCGGUGUCCGGCAAUCCCAUGCUGGAUUUGGUGCAGCAGACAGAAACCAGCGAGGGCCUACGAUCAGUAUGCUAUCCAUAUUUGUGGAAACAAUGA